AUGGCAGAUCCACCCUUCUCCUCGACCCCUCCGCCGCCGCCGCCAGUGUCUCAAGCUCAGGGCCACAGAGUCUAUGCCAACAGAGCCACCAGUGCUCUAGCUCGGCUCGCCCAGCCCUUCCUCGGUUCACGUCCACCCAGUCCGACUGAUAGUGCCGGCGGCUUGCCUGAGGAUGGGCUUCACAGCGCCCGCAUGUCGCGAUCCAAAUCCUUACCUGGGCAAUCUCAGACGGUGACGCAUCGAACGGGCCUGUCCAUCGCCUCAUUGGACAUUUCUCCGCAGAAGACACACGCGAUCAUUGCUGGCCGGGAGAUCUUUAAGACCAUUCGUGUAUCUGCCGACGGAUCUUCGGAAGAGUUCAACCUUCGCGAUGCUAUCAUAAAAUACUCCUCCAAAAAGCAAGUGCCCGCUAGUCUCACGUCAAAGAUUAAGGAUCAGCUGGAAGUCAAAGAUGUCAAAUGGUCGCAUGGCGAAUUCGACACUUGCAUCGCAACGGCUGCGGGGAAUGGCCGUGUUAUCGUCUAUGACUUGCAGCGUGCAGGAUUAGAGCUUUCUCGACUCAAUGGCCACAGCCGUCAAGUUCAUAGGCUGGCUUUCAAUCCGCACCGCCCGGCAUGGCUUCUUUCAGGCAGCCAAGACAGCACAAUCCGAAUGUGGGAUCUCCGGUCCGCUACUUCGUCUGCUACCAUUUCAAGUAUCUCUCGCUAUAGCAGCAAUAGUGAUGCAGUUCGCGAUAUCAGAUGGUCUCCAGGCGACGGUACCAUGUUUGCUACUGCUACAGACAGUGGGGCUAUUCAAUGUUGGGAUUAUCGUCAAACAAAAGGUCCCCUACUGAGAAUCGCUGCUCAUGAAAAGCCAUGCUACUCCGUUGACUGGCAUCCGGAUGGUAAGCAUAUUGUCAGUGGUGGUACGGAUAAGAAUGUCAAAGUCUGGGAUUUCUCCUCGGCAGCCGAACGGAGACAGAAACCAACAUUUCAAUUUCGAACACCGCAAUCUGUGGCUAAUGUGAGAUGGCGUCCACCUAUUUGGGUCGCCGACUCUGAUGAUGCAGGUGAUUGGCAAUCUACAGAAUUAAUCACUUCUUACGAAAAGGAUGACCCACGUAUCCAUCUUUGGGACCUACGUCGCCCACAUAUCCCCCAACGAGAGAUUGAUCGUUAUGAUACCUCAGCUGCUGACCUUCUUUGGCGAUCAAAGGAUCUCCUGUGGACUGUUGGCGAGGCGGGGGCAUUCACACAGACGGAUAUACGGUUCGCCCCUCAAGUACUUAAUAGACGCCCAAUGUGUGCGAUUUCUUGGAGUCCGACUGGCGAAGUUAUCGCCAUUACACAGAAGCGACCUCGCCAGCGAAGUUUUGGUGUUGGAAACUCCGAUUUCUUCCCUCUUCAUAACGACAGAGAACGAAGCCUUGAAGGACUUACUAGCCAAAGCUUUAUAGAUGGUACUCUUGAUGAAUUUGCCGCCUUAAAUCAAAAGCCGACGAAGGUAUCGGCCUCGAGAACUUCCAAGUCUUUAGGAAAUACGCCACCCGGCCCAGAAGCACGACCGGUGGUUGUUCCUCUACAGAAGAUAUUGGCAGAGAAUGAUGUGCAAUUACCGCAUCAGCUGGGAGCAAUUGGACAAGUCACCGGUGUCGCAUCCGAUGCUGCAGUUUUUCGUUAUCUAGCCGAGCAGUAUGCUCCUUUGAUGAAAGAUGGCGGGCAAACUUUCCGCCCUGAGCAUCAAACGAGAUCUCUGCUAGAUGAUCUAGAUCGCAAUGCAGAGCAGGCUGAGAAAGUGGGGCUUCACCGACUAGCUCAGACAUGGAGUAUUGUUAAAUUCGCAGUGGUGCAGGAACUGGAGCUUCGUGCCGAGGAUAGGCGUAAGAAGCGAAUGGAGACCACGAAUAAUAAUCGCAAAACAAGAUCUCCCAACUCACAUGCAGCUGACUGGACUCGUGUGACUGAAGGCUCGAAAUCAGGGAAGAUGAAAUCUCAUUUGUUCAAGGGUGUGAUCGACACAGAAGGGCACCGUCGCAGGGCGCCGGAUAUCGAGAGUACAUCAAAUAUGACUACUCCUCUCGCACAACCUUUACCCGACUCUCCGUCUGCUAUACCUUUCUCCUCGUCCUCUCAGGUGGCUUCUUUAUCGGAAGAUUUAGUUGAUUUGCAACCUUUACCACCCUCGGUUAUGAGUUCGCACUAUAGCAAUACGAACACAACUGAACUUGCAGGUAUGCGCCGAAUGGAGCGCCAGGAAUCUGAGUCCAGUGACUACGCUCUUACUUAUUCCAUGAGCUUGACGUCAGAACAAGCUAAAGAGCCCCAAUUCGAUGACUUGGAUGGGGACCAGAGAUCUGCACCUCGGGCGAUAGCUGGCCGCGCCGUCUGGCGUCGAAAUGCGCCCAAUGAGUUCGUAGCUAAAGAGGGGUCAGAGGAUGACUAUGAGCAAAGAGUUGAAAGUAAAAAGGCUUUACUUCGUGACUACAAGAUGCCACCAAAAAAAGUACUCAAUCUAGAGUCUCUUGCCAGGGAAUCAAACCGCCCGACCCGCCCCGGACCAUAUCCUCGACAUGAUUCCAAUGAGAGUUUUCCAAUGUUUUCGGCUUCUACUGAUAGUUCUCACCGUACCAAAUCGAUUGAGAUCUCGUUCUCCCCUCGAACUAAUGCUGCGACAUUCAGAAGGGAUAGUACUGGAUGGGAAACGGAAGAAGAACCAAUCAUCGAGGAGGAAGAAUUCACAACUUAUGAGCCAGCGAAUGGCCACGAAAAGAAAACGCACAAAGCAGGAUCUUCCCUUGACGCUUCUUUACCUGAUGUAAACAACAAAAUUCAUCUUGAGCGACCGUCAAGUCCAGUUCCCUUGGUAGUGGAGUCUAAUAAUCUAAAUAAUGGUGACGAUGCUCCAAAAAGUGUGGAGCCAGCAGGGGACAGCGAUUUUUUGGCCAUUCCGUUGACCCCGGAGAUUACCGCAAGUAAGCCGUGGAGUGCACAGGUAAUUCUCCGAGAAGCAAUACGACACUUUUAUACUAGUGCUGCUGUGGAUACGCAAAUGGCAGCCCACCUCCUUCAUAAGAUGCAGUUGCUAUUUGAAAACUGUGAAAGCAUUUUGCCAUAUGACGAAUGCCAGCAUGUUUUCAAAAUGUAUAACGAACAGCUCCUUCGCCAUUCUAUGCAUGUCGAAGCUGCUGAGCUUCGCAACUUUUGCUUCUCACUAUUUCCAGCAGUGUACGAAUAUGCCCAGACAGAAACAUUCAUCAAUCUCUACUGCCUGACGUGCAGAAAACCAUUUGAAAACCCCGUCAAGGAUAAUCGGCGAUGCUACCGGUGUCAGACACCGCAAAACUCGUGCCCGGUUUGUCUCAAUCUCGAACCACCUCUCGAAUGGAUCGAACCCGAGCCUAUAGAUAAUGACUUCAAUAAUGACGAAUUUGAACUUGGUUCGACUAUGUCCUUCGGGUCGGACAUGACAGCACCUUUUCCAGAAUCUGAUCAUCAGGCUUAUGUUCCUUCUCGAUCCCUCGGCUCAGGCCUAUGGUCAUGGUGUCAAGGCUGUGGACAUGGCGGACAUCUGGCUUGCAUGAAGAAAUGGCUUGGCGAUAUUGAACUCAGUGAAGGCGGCUGUCCUACGCCUGGGUGUGUACACGAUUGUGGGCCCGGUCCCAGACGUCAAGAAGGCCGUGAUUCGUCUCAAAAUGCCGCACUUAGCCGCAAAUUCACCUCAAAUAUUGCCAAAAGAGACUCUUGGGUGACUGGCGAGAGCAGAGCUGUAGAGAAAGUACGAGGCAUGCUGACCUCGGCGCCUUCGUCUGCUGGUGCAGGAGCAAGCGGUAGUACCGCUGCUACUGGUCUCACUACAUCGGCUGGGACUGGUGGUGGCGGAACUAUGUCGCCUAAGAAAGUCAGGUUGAUAACGCCAGUUGAACAAGGAAAACGCAAGAGCGUUAGCACUCAAAGUCGAGAAUCAACGUCGGAUCCUUUCCCGGAUUGA